UUGUUCCCGUUGUUGCUAACCGUCUUUUGGGCUAAUUACAGCCGUUCAAAGUCCUGAACUUUUAAUCUCAGCCGUAUAAAGUCUCUAAAUUCCUUCUAGAAGCAGCAGUUCACGGCAGUUCAGCUCUCUCUCACCCAUGAUCUUGCGGUUUCCUGCAGUUUAUCAAGAUGCACCAAUCAGAAAUACAGGUUGCAAUGCGGUUUAAAAUGUGUUCCUUAUUUUCAGGGAGUUAGUGGGCAACACAUCUGCAGCAAUGGAUAUCUCGGAUGACUUCGUGGACAUUUAUGAAGACGAUCAGCCUGCAAAGAAAGUAAGUUGGAAUCUGGGUUUUGAUGCAAUGACACCGAAGAAGAAUCAAAUAUGCAGCCCAAUGAAAGAUUCUCCGAAGACGGACAGUGGAAGUGUAGAGAUCAUUUCAUAUGGACAGUAUUUUAGUCCAUUCAAAUCUGAAAUGCAUAGGGAGGUUAUUGAACAGUUUCAGAACAUAGAAAAGCAAGCUAAAAGAAAGCAUGCGCUCCUAACUUGGAAAUGGGAUGAGGUCAUUGAUAUUACCCAAAGUGAAGAUUCGAAUGGUCAGAAAGAUGCUUCUAAGGCAAAACAACAAGAUGAUUUGGAGUCUGAGUUAAGUGAUACAGCAGACUCUUUGGAUAGUCCAUUGAAAAGAUCAAAGAUUCCACGUAUAUCUAAAAAUUGCAACGAUCAUGUUGGAUGGGUUGAAUUUUAAGUUUACUCAGUUUAAGUCCUGUUUGUCAUAGUCAUCUUUUAUGUUUUGCCUUUCAAGUCAGUGUUUGUUAAGGUUUGUUUGUUCAUCUAUUUUUAGUUUAAAUGUA